UUUUUAAGUGAUAAGCUCUGACAGAGCUAAAAAUAUGAAGCUGCUUGAGCUGAUCAACUAGUAGGCAAGAGGAGAAACGGCUAGAAAGAAGGUAUUAUCUCAGGAGUCUGUUGUGUUCAAAGAGAUUAUCAGCACUAUCUCAUCAAUGGAAAAAAUUGUUCUAUGCCAUCGGGUGAAAACUCCAGUGCGGUAUCAGGAGCAUUUUCCUGAUCAGGAUUUGGAAGCCUACAAAUUAAACCACUCCUUGUUUGCAUUGCCAAGUCCAGCAGGGCCAGCACAGAUAAGGAACAUUCACGCAUCCAAGAGUGCGGCUGAAACAGAGCAGAAAAGCAUAGAUGAAGCAACCCCCAAAUUUCAAGUCUUACUAGAUGUGGUGCAGUUUCGUCCUGAAGAUGUCAUAAUACAAGUCUUCGAAGGGUGGCUCCUAAUCAAAGCUCAGCAUGGACCUAGGAUGGAUGAACAGGGCUUUAUAGCAAGAAGUUUCACUAGGCAAUAUAAAUUGCCAGAUGGCAUUGAAAUGAAAGAUCUGACUGCUCUCUUCUGUCACGACGGCAUUUUGGUUAUUGAAACUAAGACAUUUGGCAGUAAAUAAAUUCUUGGCCGUUUUGUUACUGGUGAGACAAUCUUAUUCCUCCUUCUGAUGUUCAGCAUGCGUAUUUGGAGUUAAAGCAAGCUUUCACAUAUUUUUAUUCAGUUUGUUGAGAAAAAACAACGUUUUAUGAACUUGUUAGCAUGAUGUAAGACAAUAUUUUUCUCCUUACAGCUGCAUGUAUACAGUCAGACAUGCUUAACUAAUUUGAAAUAGCUUAAAAGGAAAAAAGGCAGAUCUAAAACAACAUAUAGGUUCUACAAAAGAGAAUGAAAAUGGAAGGCUGCAUUUCAGGUCUCAAAGCUUUAUACCGAAGGAAAAAAGUUACAAAGGCUUUAAUUAAAUGAUCUGCUGUAUAGGUUUUGCUGCAAAUCAGUUCAUACUCCUGAAGAGACAUGGCUGCCAAUCUAAACAAUGCUAAACAGUCUCAAAUAUAGGCAAAUACUUAUUAUUUAUUGCAUGUAACAACAACUUCAAAGAAUUAUUGUUUCCUCCAAAGAUUUUUUGUAUGUUGUUUCUUUAAAUACUUGAGUAUUCUUCUUUUGGUAGAUAACAGCUGUUUAAAUCUGACUGCCUUUUUUCAAGCAUAGUUAUUAUGAUAAGUAUGACUGCCAUUCUAAGUAUAGUCAAAGAAUUC